CCUAGCCGCACCCCUGCCCAGCAUGUCGGCGCUCGAGUGGUACGCCCACAAAUCUCUGGGCGAUGGCAUCUUCUGGAUUCAAGAACGCUUCUAUGAGUCCGGCAACCGCGCCAAUAUCUGGCUGGUGCGUGGCUCCGAGCAGGACGUAGUGAUCGAUACCGGCCUGGGGUUGCGCAGCCUACCGGAGUACCUGUAUUCCUCCGGCCUCUUGCAGGACUGCGGGGCGAAAGAGGAUGCGGCGCCUCGGCCGCUUCURGCUGUGGCCACCCACGUGCACUUCGACCACUCCGGCGGUCUUUACCAGUUCGACCAGGUGGCCGUGCACCACGCUGAAGCCGAGGCCCUCGCUCGCGGGGACAACUUUGAGACCGUGACCUGGCUCUCCGACAGCGAGGUGGUGCGGGCGCCCAGCCCCGGCUGGAGGGCCAGGCAGUUCCGAGUGCAGGCGGUGCAGCCCACCCUCAUUCUGCAGGAUGGGGAUGUGAUCAACCUUGGUGACAGACAACUCACUGUUAUGCACAUGCCAGGUCACUCCAGAGGCAGUAUUUGCUUACAUGACAAAGACCGAAAGAUUCUCUUCAGUGGCGAUGUUGUAUAUGAUGGAUCACUGAUUGACUGGCUCCCAUACAGCAGGAUAAGUGACUAUGUUGGAACUUGUGAACGUCUAAUAGAAUUAGUGGACAGAGGUCUGGUUGAGAAAGUGCUCCCUGGGCAUUUCAAUACCUUUGGUGCUGAAAGGCUUUUUCGAUUGGCUUCUAACUAUAUUUCAAAAGCUGGUAUAUGUCACAAAGUAUCUACUUUUGCCCUGAGAUCUCUUGCAAGUUUAGCCCUGCGUGUAACAAAUUCAAGGACCUCACCCUAGUAUCUAUGCCUAUAAUCUAUUUUGAUUAACUGUAUACAUUAAUCCAAUUCAUUUUGUGCUGUUUAAAAUGGUUAAUAGUGUGCAUUUCAAAAGUGCUUUUAUACCACUGUUGUAUAUUAGAGGGGGAAAAAAGAUUAAAAAUGAAUAAGCCAAAAAGAGGAAAGUUUUAGUUUAUUUUUUUUUCUUCCAAGUAAGUUACCACUUAAAUAAGCUUAUAAUUUUCCAAAGGUAUCAUAAUUUGUGCUCUAAAAAUGCCAUAAGUAUAUAAAAGGACAUGAAGAGGCAUUUUGCAACACCAGAAAGAACUUUCCUUGCCCAUUUUUCUUAUUUUAUUYCCUAGGUGACCGUGAAAAAAGGCAUCUAAAGCCUUGUGUUUACAUGGUAAACUUGAUUUUUUUGGUAUAUUAUUUUAAGAUAAAGGUUUUGGGGUUCAAAAUGCAUUAGAAUUCAAUAUAAACAUGUAAAAUCUAAUCMUUUAGAAUGACAGCCAAAACAUCCCAUGGUUAUUGUCUAGAAUUAUAUAAGCCUCCUUCAUUUUAUUUAUUCUGUUUGUAAUUGUAGCAUACAUUAUAUGCUAUAUAAUUUAACUUAUGAAAAAUUAUAAUGAAUUUUGUUUUAUUGCAAAGCUUUAAAUAUCAAUUGCAGAGUACUUCAGUAAAAAAGCUACUAUUUAUUGUUGUCUGUUAUUAUGCAAGUAAUAUUUUAAAUCAUAAAAGUGAAAAUCAAAUGUGURUAAUCUAAUAACAAAUUGUCAGAUUUCUUAGAAGGACACUGUCAGGAAAAUUUGAAAAUACACAUAUUGAGAAUAAUUUUUAUUAUAUCCUAUUUUAUUACUAACAGCUAUUAUAAACAAAAAUUUUCUUCUUAAAUAGCAACUUCAGUAUUGUCAUAUUUUACAGUAUCAAAACAACUACAGAGAUCUAUUACAUCCUGAUAUAAACUAUUCUUUUACCUAACAUAAUGUGUCUGUACCACAGAAGGAUUUUCAAAUUAAUUGCAAAAUGUCCAUUAGAUAUUGAUCUAGAAUGAAUGGCCUUUUUUAUCCUGAUUCACAACACCUAUUCCUGUUCAGUAUUGUUUGUCUUGAAUGAAAACAAGUCUACAUUCCUUAGUUAUAGGAAAGGUUAAACCACUAUUCAGUAAAAUAUUUUGAUUUGGUGCUCUUAAUAAUCAUUUAUUAAAAAGCAUUUUGGAGUAUUAAAGGUUUUUUAAACAUUUUUUCCACUAAAUUUUUAUUUUAUUAUUGACAUGUCUAAAACCAAGCUGAAGAUGCUUUGGAAAUCAGAUCUUUUUAAUAUUAGGAAGGUUUUUUUUCUGUCAAAUUAUGUAACUUUUUCUACCCUGCAGACACCCAGAAUUUUUAGCUUUUUAUUCACACACACACACAUACACACACACACACACACACACACACACACACACACACACAUACACACAAAUAAACAGAGUCAUGUACAUACAUUCACAGCACCAUGGAAGCUUCAAAAGUCAGAGACAUUAUAGCUGGAAAUUGAAGGCACAUGAAACAUGAAUAAUAAUAUAUACAAGUUGAUGUUUAUAUAAAUUKCAUAUAAACAUAAGGGACUUUAUAAAGGGAGGGAUGUGAAGUUUAGUUAGGAAAAUUUCCUAUUAGGGUUUUUGAGUCAAAUUUGGAAGGAAGAUUUGUCAGGUGGUUAGGGUAGGAAAUAAAMAGAUACAAGAAUAGGGAUAUAAGCAUUGCUAUAUAGAAUAGUCUAUGCUUGUGACAAUAUAAAUUUCCUUUUCAGGAAUCCCAUUUCUCCCAAGCACCAUGUAUUUAACAUUAGAAAAAGAGAUUUGUGAUUGUGUAUAAGAGUCAUCCUUAAUGCAGAUGAGCUGAACUGUCAAAUGCCACCAAAUGAACCAGAGAGUCAGAUAGAGACCAAGAUUGGUUCAAAUAUAGAAUGUCAUGAGAAUUCUCUGUGAUGGUCGUUCAAAGCAGUAGGUCUGUUUCAACUGACAGUACAACACCAAGAAUAUAGAUUUGGUUCAGGGCAACUACAAUCACUUAAUAAGCCUUAAAUAUAGCCAUUAUUUUUAUAUCAGUAGCACAAAAGAAAACCAAGAGUCCUUAACCAUUGACCAUUUUUAUCUUAUUUUAGGAAU